UUAUUUACUUCACAGUACUGUUUAUUUGAACUGUUAUAGGAUUAAUUUUGAUUUUUUUUUCAAUUGAUAUGUUUCAACUUUGUAUGAGCAUACUUGAGAAUAGAUAAGAAAUCUGUGUAAAAUAGUUUGAUUAAUGACUUUUUGAUAUAGUUUUAAUGGAGGCAGUGUUAUAUUUUCUAUAACUGGUAGGACAAAUUGUUGGCAAAGAGAGAUGUAUAGUUAAAUAAAACAAUGGCAACAGUACAGAAGAAACCCCGGAAACUACCUAAAAUUAAUAAAGAUAUAAAAGAUGAAGAAGAUGAUGCUGGUAACAAGCCAGCUAAAGGUGCCACACGGGAGAAGAAAGUCCCAAACCCUCCACCUGGAAAAAAGAGAGAAUUACCUCCCUUGCGAAGGGGCGGUAAACGUCGCGAUAUGGACACAAAGAGUAUGGUAGAAAUGGGACAAAAUUCUCCGCCAGAAGCCGGAAAUAGGGCGUCUCUAACGGCAACAAAUAAUGCUAAAUCAUGCUUCUUUUAUGUAGAUGAUGACUAUACUUUUAAUCCAAUAAAAGUUGUGAUACACCCUAGGCGCUAUAAGAAAUUAGAUACUGUGGCAAGGGAUCUCUCGGUCAGAAUGAAAAGACUUCCAUUUGGUGUUCGUAGCAUACAUACUCCAAGAGGUCAACAUAGAAUUUAUAAUUUAGAGGACUUAACAAAUGACGGCCAUUAUGUUUGUUCAUCAAAUCGUAAACAUGCAAAAGGAAUGGAUGUUCAACGUGUAAAUGCUAGAAAAGUGUGGCACAAUAUAAGGCCGGACAGUGGGCGUAGAAAUUUAGCAGGUUUAUUGAGGGAUACGGACAUGUCAAGUGCAAAGUUUAGAGGUGUAGGAUUCAGACCGGGAUAUGAUUUGUCCAGAGUUUAUACACGUGUUACGCCAAAAACCACAACUGUGAUGAAAAAUGGUGACCCAGACACUAAACAUUCUGUGUUGUUGAAUAGAAGAACUGCUCAAACAUUUGAACAAGUGUUAGGAGAUUUAAGUGAAACAUUUAAGUUUGCUGUUAGGAAAUUAUACACAAUUGAUGGCGAGCCUAUUGAUGGCCUCCAGAAACUUUUUGCUGGGCCAGAUGUUGUUGUUGCUGCUGGGUAUGAAAGGUUUGAUCCUUUGGGUAAAGAAGGCCACGCCCCCAGUAGGACUCGUACCCGCAUGAGUAUGGGUAGUCGUAUCAAUCUGCAAAGCCGUUUACAAAAUAAACGAGAACGACUUUCAAAAACAAAAGGUAGAUGGAGGGUGACAACUCGGACAAAUGCCUUGCCAUCUGCCGGUACACAGGCUCAGGUGACUAUAACUGUAUACGGUAACAAAGGAAAUUCUGGGCCACUCACCCUCGGCCAUGGAGAUGGUUCCAACUUCCAGCCAGGACAGGUGGAUGAUUUCACUAUUUCUGUAGGUAAUGUAGGGGAAGUGUACAAAAUACGGCUGGCUCAUGACAACUCAGGAGACUUCCCAGGCUGGCUGUGUGAUGAGGUAUAUAUGAGAGAUUUAGACUCUGGUGAGGAGUUGACAUUCAGCUGCAGACGCUGGCUGGCUAGAGAUGAAGAUGAUCAAGAAAUUACGAGAGAGUUGGCCGUGAAACGACCUGGAGAUCCUAUACUGCCAUUGAUAAAGUACCAGGUUGAUGUGAUCACUGGAGAUGUUUGGGGCGGAGGCACAGAUGCUAAUGUAUAUAUUACCAUAUAUGGUGACCGAGGUGACACAGGGGUCAGACAACUUUAUGCUGAAACCAAAGGGGUCUACUUCAAACAAGGACAGGUACAGUAG